CUAUAUAUAUUUGCAUUCGGGUUUGUGUUAUCGAUAUCUUGAGGCCUCAAAGAUUUCCCCAAUACCACAUACGCACACCAAAGUUCUUCAGGGCAAAACAGAGCAAUUUUUAUUGAAUUAUAGCAAUGGAGGACGAAAAAAUGAAGAGCAGAGAGCAGAAAAUUGUGGUGGCAGUAGACGAGAGCGAAGAGAGCAUGCAUGCUCUCUCCUGGUGUCUGGGAAACCUCUCUUCUCAAAACGCAAACAACACUCUCGUUCUUCUCUAUGUCAAACCGCAGCCUGUCCAUUCCACUUUCGACGCUGCAGCAUAUAUGUUUUCGAGCGAUGUGGUUGGAUGCAUGGAAAAAUACGGGACUGAGAUGGUAAAUUCAGUGAUGCAAAGAGCCGAAGCUGUUUACAGAAAUUUCCAGACCAAUGCCCAUAUUGUGAGAGUAGUAGGCAAAGGAGACCCAAAGAAUGUGAUAUGUAAUACGGUUGAGAAACUCAAAGCUGACACUUUGGUCAUGGGAAGCCAUGGUUAUGGUUUCUUUAAGAGGACUAUUCUUGGAAGUGUGAGUGAUUAUUGUGCGAAACACGUAGAAUGUCCAGUGGUGAUCGUGAAGAAAUCCUGAUCACUGAAAAUGGCCCAUAAUCACGAUCAGAUUGUAAAUUUACAAAAAGCAUUGGAUUGGGGGUGGGGUUGCGAUCAAGGGAAGGGAAGAGGUAUCGGAUUUCAUUGAUGUAUGCAUGUGUCGACACUCAACAGAUGAAUCAUUGAAAAAAAUGAAGACGAGGAAAAUUAAUUAUAAAUAAGAAAAGAAUUAUGUAACUUGUACCUGCAUGUCCUAAAUAUGUAUGAUCAUGAUUUGUGUUUAAUUA